AUUAUUAUUGUAUUAUACGCACGGUCGUUUAUCGGCCGGUUCAAUCGUAACGAUUGUUAUAAUAAUAAUAAUAAUAAUAUGUCAGUAAUUUUCCAACAAUGACCGUGGUGGGUGUAUGGUAUUGUACGUGUAUUAUAGUACAAAAAUCUGUGAUAUUUCCAGGUUGUUUUAUAUCGUGUGCUCAUUAAACGGAAGAUUAUUCUAAAACAACGUCGUCCGUUCUAAAUCGAUUCGUUAUAACAAUAUUAAUAUUAUGACUGGUGCCGCGAGGAUGAUUCAAAUGCUGCCCUUGUGCGUUUUGCUCGUGCUCCAGUUUUUAUCCGACCGACUGACCACCGCCGAGCCUGCUACCAACACGACGGUUCUCGAUGUCACCGCAGUUGAAUACAAUUUUUUUGACCACAACUAUCACUUGAUGGACAAAAAUAACUUGACGAUUUCAGGCAACAAAUCGUUGAUUGUGUUUGUGCAUGGAUUUAGAUCAAGCCCUCGGACUGGUGUUGUAGCAGAUUUGGGAAAAUCGCUGGUGCAGUAUACGGACUCCAAUGUGGUUUUAGUCGAUUGGUCAAAGUGGACCCAGAAAUUGGAUUACGUGGAUGUGGUAUUUCGAUUACCGACAGUUGCUACCUAUCUGGUCGACUGGUUGUACAGUUUGCGUGACCGCGGUAUCGUACAGAGCUUUGACGAUGUCACAUUGAUCGGCCAUAGUUUGGGGGCUCAGUUGAUUGGUUACACGGGCCACAGGUUGAACGGGACAAUCAAGAGAGUUAUAGCUCUUGAUCCGGCACAGCCUAAUUUCAAAGACAGUCAGAAAAAUGAAAGAGUUGACGUGAACAGUGCUCAGUUCGUAAUGGUGUUGCACACGUCGACCAUGUUCUUGGGCUUGAGAGAGCCAGUGGGUCAUGUGGAUUUUUACUUCAAUGGUGGCCAAAUACAACCGUCGUGCAACUCCGAUACAGUUUGCGGUCAUGUAGUAGUUCUAAACUAUUUGGCGGAUUCGUUGAAAAAUUCAAAUGAAUUUAAGGCAUACCGGUGUCAGACGUUAAGCGAUUGCGAGAAAAAAAUCGUUGAUAACAAAGAACCGACUAUUAACAUGGACAUAUACAUGCCAAAUUCAACCAGAGGAUUGUAUUCCAUAAUACCAUGCAAAAAAAAUUUCAGAAUGUACUCACGUUUCUUUUUACACUAAAGUGUAAAGAUUUGGAAGAAAAUUUACUUUAUCAUUGUUCAAAGUAAGAACUGUAACUGAUUUUUACAUAAACGUAUAUACUACUCGAAGCGUAUAAUGUAUGCGAUGUUUUAUUUGGCACUUUAUUUUUUUUUAUCACAUAAUAUUAAUUAAAUUUAAGUCAUAUUAUUCGUAUACGUCACACAGGUCCUUUAUUUGUCUAUUUAAUAUAUAGUUAUCUCCUUAAUAAAUAAUGUGAGGAAUACAAAAAUAUUAUACAGUACACCUUAAAAAUAGAUAAUUAAAUAAAUAAAUAGAACAUCAUUUUAUUUAACAGUUUUCCGUAUUAUGGCCACAUUGAUGGUGGUUGUAUAAUAUUAGAAAUAUAUGGAUGCAUGUGCAAUA